AUGAAUAUCUCUAAAUUUAUUAUUGUGAUAUUUAUUAAUUCACUCUUAUUGGUUGUUACCAAUGCAGUUCUUCCCUCUUGUUCAUCAGGUUCCUCUAUUAAUGAUCCAGCACUAGCAGAAAAUGCAUAUUUAAGUGAUAUGAAAAUGAUUUUUUCUAUUGGUGACACUAUUUCUGCUGGUUUCUUGGCAAAUGACUUGUCUUCAAGCUCUGUAAAUGAAUAUAGAGGAUUUUCUUUUGUUACAGGUAAUGAAACUGAUGCCUGGACACUCAAUAACUUUUUAGCCCAAACUGCCCCUUCUAUCUCUGGUGGAUCUGCCAAUUUACUCAAUGGAAUUCGUCCAGUCAACACCUUCUAUCCAUUGUACGACGGAUUCAACGGAGCUACCAACACCACCGGUAAUCCAAUUACCUCACCAUUAAACUUUGUCGUAAGCCAAGCAGUCGGAAAGCAUGGACAAACCUAUUUCGAUAAUGAAUGGAAGAUGGUUACCGUCUACCUUGGAUUGUUCAAAGCAUGUACCAUCUGCCGAACUGUAGACUUUGGUGUACAAACCAACUCCGUUUAUUGGGCUUCAUUAUUCACUGACAUUUUAAAUAAUGUAUUGGAGAAGUUCCCUUCAAAGACCAUUAUUAAUUUCGUUGGAUUGCCUAAAAUUUCACAAUUUAAAUCAACAACUCCAUCUACAUGUUCAACCUAUAACCAAUUACAAUACACUUGUCCAUGUUUAUGGAGCCAGAGCACAUCCGUUCUAGAUCAAGUUAUCAGUGCUGCCAAUACUGGUAUUAGAAAUUCCAUUAUCAAUUGGAGUUUUGAUUCCGAUCCAUCGACAUCAACCAUUGGAUUGAACUAUCUUCCAUUUUUGACUAAUACCGUAUUCCCACCAACUGCUUUGUCACCAAUCGAUUGUUUCCAUCCAAAUGUCGACGGUCAAAAGCUCAUGACCAUUGGACUUUGGAAUAAUCUAAGAAAAAGCCCAAUUACCUCGGUAACUACUUCUACUACUUUGGUCUGUGGUGCUCCAUAUGUUCCAAUCUAUGACCCAUAUGCAUCGGAUUUAAAGAAAAAAAAAACAACAAAACAAAAAAAAAACUACCUAAUUUGA